UGCCAUAGUUGAUGAUUACGAACGGAGAUAAUUAAUUUUUUUGUGAAAAUAGUUCACUCGGUACUGGCAAUUAUAAUUGACAAAAAUGUGAUUUGAAUGCCCAUGUCAAAUAAUUAUUUUAUUAUUAUUUCGUCGUCUGUAAUAAAUUUAUUUUAAAAUGGCCUAUCAGUUAUACAGAAAUACCACAUUGGGAAAUACUCUUCAAGAAAGUAUUGAUGAGAUGAUUCAGUUUGGACAAAUAACGCCCGCUCUUGGAAUGAAAAUCCUAUUGCAAUUCGACAAAGCUGUUAACAACUCGUUGGCUACACGAGUGAAGUCCAAAAUCACAUUUAAGGCUGGAAAAAUGGACACAUACCGUUUCUGUGAUAAUGUAUGGACUUUUAUGCUGAGUGAUGUAGAGUUCAAAGAAACACAAGAAAUGGCGAAAGUUGAAAAAUUAAAAAUUGUUGCAUGUGACGGAAAAAGUGUGACUGAAGAGACCUCAAAAAAAAACUAAUGUUAUCACCUAGUUACUAAUAUACUUUUAUGAUCUUAUUUAAGUCAGUGUGUAUUAGUACUUAUUUAUUUAUUGUUUAAUUUAUAAGGAAGUAAAAUUUAAGAGUAAAAAAAUAAACAACAAAUAAUUAUUCUUUUAAAUAAAAUAUGUUUUCAUCCAAGAAUAUAGUGUCUUUAUCUAUAGACUUAAUUAUAAUUAAGAUUUUUUUACAUAUAAAUGUUAUUAGAAUAUAUAAGUCAGAUUUUUCCAUUUAUUAAGAAUUUGCUUUACAACAAUUAAACUAGUUUUGGUUUUA